CGUCAAUCAUCUGCUUAUCGCCACGUGAGUCUCUGCCGAGGUCGUUGCGACGUCCGCUGCUGCAAAGCUGCAAAGGCUCUCUCCACUCAGCACCCAGACGGCAUCUUCGCGCCGCUGAAGCGAUCAAAGUAGUGACAGGGGUGUCCGUUUUCUUUGCCUGAACGACAUCGGUACCAUUACAGCAUCGUCCCAAAGUGCGCUCUUGCGACGAUUGCUGCCUUUGGGGUUCGCACUUUUUUUUUGCUGGUCUUAGUUCCAAACUGUUGAGUCAUCGGCAACAGAUACAGGCGCCUCAGUCCAUCAUUUUGUCAACAAGUCCUUUGCCCUAGUGUUGGAAGAGCCGUGAGUCUUGGUCGAAUCGAGGACGGAGUACACCCCUCGGAAUCAUACGCCGGUGCUUAGUGAACACACACCCACGCACACUCUCACACUUACACACACAUACGAUGGACGUCCUCGAACUCCACGUCUGGGGCCCGGCGUUCGGUCUCCCCUCCGUUGACGCCGAGUGUCUGGCCGCCAUCGCAUACCUACACACUGCCCUCCCAAGUUCCCAAUGGCGUCUGGUCGCGAGCAAUGACCCCGCCGUCGACACAUCAAAUCGUCUCCCAGCCCUAAACGCUGGCGGCGUCUGGGUAUCUGGGUACGCCGCCAUCGCAUCUCAUCUCGCCUCCCUCUCGCCGCACUCCCCCUCGUGGGACCUGGAUCUCGACUCGCGCCUUACCCCGUCCCAGCGCGCAGACGCCCUCGCCUAUGGCGCCCACAUCGACGCCCACCUUGCGCCCCUUCUCGACGCCGCCCUUUACGGCACCCACGAGAACUGGACCGCCGUCACCCGUCCCGCCCUAAGCCACGUCCUCGGCUUUCCCCUGAGCUGGACUGUACCCGUCAUGCUGCGGAACCAGGCCAUGGCGCGGUGCGCGCACCUCGGGCUCGACUCGCUCGGCGCCGAGGACGACUCCUCCGGCGGCAGUGACGCACAGGGCAGUGCCUUGGACCGCGCGAUGAAGCACCUGCCUGUGUCGUCCAGGAAGACCGUGCUGGAGGAGAUGAAGGCGGGCACGGCGCGAGGCAUCAGGCUGCACGCCAUCACCGUCGACGCCCUCGUGCCGCUCGAGGCCCUCCGCGCUCGGGGCGAGGACGCGCCGGGCGAGAAGAAGCGCUUCUUCGGCGGCGAAGUGCCGACCUCCCUUGACUGCCUGGUCGUCGGCUACCUCGCCCUCGUCCAGGCGGUCGACCUGCCUCAGCCCUGGCUCCGCACGAUCUUCGACAGCAAAUUUCCGCGCUUGGUCGCUAUGGCCGCCGACCUCCGCGACGAGUGCCUCACGAGCCCCGGCCCCCUCCCUUGGGCUAUGGCACCCUCGUCAUCACUCCGCACGACGGCCCGCUUCCUGGACAACGUCGUGCAGGCGACGCCGAACCUGGGCGAGGCGUACGUCCACGAGUGGCGGCGACGCGCCGAGGCUAGGGCGAAGGGCGUGGCGGGCCGGAGAACGCUCGCUCUCGCGGGCGGCGUGCUGGCCGCCGGCACCGCCAUCGCGUACGGAGUGUGGGUCUAUCGCAGUCUCCCGCCCUGGGGCAUGCGAACGCAGAGUUGGAUGGCAGAGAAGAAAGGGCUCAACAGGUUCGGUGACCUGGGCGCCAUGCUCGACUUCUCGCUGGGACUCGCCGACCCGGCGCCGCGGGCGAGUCCGUCUGCCGGAUGGGGCGGGGGCUUCGAUAAGGAGCACAGAGUAGUUGAGUCCGAGUUGGCCGUCGACUAGAGGGUGUAGCAUUCGUCUCGAGUGUUGGCGACCGAGGAGACGGUCUUGAUCAAAGGUCUUGCAAGAAGAUCCUUGCCAACUCACGUUCGGCACAAGGGGGGGUUACGGGCAGGACGCUCCCAACUCUGCCAUCACAUAUAGAAGGGAAAAGGCAUCCAUGUCACACUAGAA